CCUCUCGCUACGUCACUCUGGGAUAGGCUGCCUGCGGGCGACUGAGCUACGCUGUCAUUCAACGGGGUUUCGAGACGAUUACCUACGUAUUUUCUUGGACUGGAUCCCCCCCCUCCAUAAGAAGGAGAAAGUAGCCUUGCCUGUCGCGGCUUUAGGCUCUGGGAUUACAGCGAUCGCCAGUCCCAACAGCCUUCGUCGAAACUGCCAGCGGGGAUUCAUGCUGUGUGCGUUAGCUAAAUGCGGUACGAAGCUAAAAUGAUGCCGAUGUUCCUGACUGUAUACCUCAGUAACAAUGACCAGCAUUUUACUGAGGUUCCUGUUACUCCGGAGACGCUGUGCCGGGAUGUGGUGGACUUGUGCAAAGAGCCGGGGGAAACGGACUGCCACCUGUCUGAGAUGUGGCGUGGAUCUGAGAGACCUGUAGGUGAUGGGGAGAGGAUGCUGGAUGUGCUCCAACGAUGGGGACAGCACAGAUCAGAGGUGCGCUUCUUUCUCCGUCACAACAGAGCUCCUAGCAGGGAAUCAGGAGGAUCAAGAGGCUCAGAUUCAAAGAGAAAUGGAGUGAAGGGUCCCCCAGACAGAAGGAUGGAGAAUGGGGUGGCAACGCCCCGGAUGGACAUGACGCUGGCUGAGCUACAAGAGAUGGCUGCCAGACAGCAGCAGCAGAUAGAAGCCCAACAGCAACUUCUUGCCUCCAAGGAACAGCGGCUACGCUACUUGAAGCAGCAAGAGCAGCGUCAGCAGCAACAGGCAUCUGAGCAGGAGAAGCUCCAGCGCCUCAGAGAGAACAUUGAGAAUCAGGAAGCUCGGCUCAAGAAGGUCCGGGCCCUCAAGGGUCAGGUGGAGCAGAAACGUGUCAGCAAUGGCAAACUGGUGGAGGAGAUAGAGCAAAUGAAUAACCUGUUCCAGCAGAAGCAGAGAGAACUAGUGAUGGCUGCGUCCAAGGUGGAGGAGCUCAGCCGGCAGCUGGAGUUGCUCAAAAAUGGCAAAAUGGAUAACUUCCAUGACAACCAGAGCUCGGUUGCAGAGCUGGACCGCCUCUACAAAGAGCUACAGCUGAGGAACAAGCUCAACCAGGAUCAAAACUCAAAGCUCCAGCACCAGAGAGAAAGUCUGAAUAAGCGCAACCUGGAAGUGGCUGCUAUGGACAAACGGAUCAGUGAGCUCCGAGACCGGCUGUGGAAAAAGAAGGCAGCCCUGCAGCAGAAAGAGAACUUGCCCAAUGGCUAUCCUGGUAAAGAGAGGGCUUCAAAAGAAACUCACCUUCAGUUGCCCUCCGAUGCCCAAGCCGGACAGCAGUCGGGUCCGUCUCGUGUGGCAGCGGUCGGUCCGUACAUCCAGUCGUCCACUAUGCCGAGGGGCCCAGCGAGACACGAUUUGCUUGUAAAACCUGCCUACCCAGACGGCACUGCCACCCUCCCAGCCCACGAGCCACAGAGCAAAGCGGGAACAGGCCUUCAGCCAGGGAAACUGGCAGAGUGGAGUUCUUCAGGUCCAGAGCCCAACACCAAUGGUCAUGGUUCUGCUUCAACACUGCCACGAAUGAACUCUCACUCCAGCUCUAACACAGACCAAGAUGAUUCAGAAUUGAAGAGGGACAGGAAAGUGCGUCCAUAUUCCAUGUUUGAGCCAACAGAGGCUCCGGCUGCCUCCCUCCGCAAAAACCAGAGCAGUGAUGACCUUGUCAGGGAUGCUCAGUCGGCUCCCAAAGCUCCAGUCAAGGUACCUCCCCCUGUCCCCAGCAAACCGAAAGGCCCCGUUAUUGUUCCCUAUGGCAAACCAGGCCUCAACACAGGCACCUUCCCUAAAGCCAAGCCCCACGGCCAGCAGCCCCACACCGCCGCCCAGAGCCGCAGCCCUCACCCACCGUCACAGAGCCAGACACUCCCUCUACCCUCCAAGCAGGACACUCCACCUGCAGCCACGAUACGGCCCUUCACCCCAGACCUGUCCCCCAAAGAAGCCAACCUGAGUAAACCGCAAACCUUAGAUACCAGCUCCAUUUACUCCAUGUACACACAGCAGUCGGGUUCAGGAAAGCCUUUCCCAGCUGUUGUGCCGGGUUCUGUCAACAGGGCUCAAAACCGCACCAACGGAUUUGUCAGUAUGUAUAGUAAACCAGUGAUCUCCAGUGGAGGCUCCCAGCAUCCAGAGAAUCCAUACUUAGAGCGUCGCUCCCCAGCCCCAGAAACUGAAGUUGACAACAAUGGAACCAACAACGCAGGCUCCAGCUCAUCUGAGGGGCAGCAGCCAGAGACAGAGCGCAUCCCCCGGCCGCUCAGCCCUACCAAGCUGCUUCCCUUCAUUUCCAACCCCUACAGGCAGAGCGAUGGUGACCUGGAAGCCCUGAGAAAGAAACUCUACAAUGCCCCUCGGCCUCUGAAGAAACGCAGUUCCAUCACUGAACCAGAGGGUCCGGCAGGGCCCAACAUUCAGAAACUCCUUUAUCAGAAAACUACCCUGGCAGCUAUGGAGACCACUCUGAACACACCAGCCACUCCCACAUUUACUGGAGAAGCAGCAAAAGCGGUGGAAGGAUCAGCCGGACCACAUGGUUCAAGCCUUCCGACUGGCACCGAAAACUACCCAUCAGAGAGAGGACAAACUCAGGAACCCUCACAGACCACAGGUAUCAACACUCCACUUCCAGCCUUUACUGAACAGCCCUACACACCACCGGCCAUCCCGGAGACUGAGGAAAUUAUUCCCCCUCCUCCACCAUCCCACCCAGCCCCAAGGCCAGAUGAUGCUCUUUUCCCACCGCCACCACCUCCUGGUCUGGAGGACACAGAACCUAGUUUGCCCCCUCCACCUCCAGAAGGCUUCCUGGAAGAAUUCCCCCCAUACCCACCACCUCCAUACCCCAGCGGAGCAGAGCAGGACAGCUUGGGGGAGGACACCUUCAACAUGAAAGCACCUGAGGUCACUGGACAGGUCACUCUGCCACCGGGAAAGAGGACCAAUCUGCGCAAGCCUGGUUCUGAACGUAUCGACCACAACAUGAGAGUCAAGUUCAACCCACUGGCUCUGCUGCUGGACUCUUCUCUGGAGGGAGAGUUUGAUCUGGUUCAGAGAAUCAUCUACGAAGUGGAAGAUCCAAGUCAGCCCAACGAUGAAGGCAUCACUGCUCUACACAACGCUGUCUGUGCCGGCCAUACGGAGAUUGUAAAGUUCCUGGUUCAGUUUGGUGUCAAUGUUAAUGCCGCUGAUAGUGACGGCUGGACACCUCUUCACUGUGCUGCAUCCUGCAACAAUGUGCAAGUGUGCAAGUUCUUGGUGGAGUCUGGAGCAGCAGUGUUUGCUAUGACUUACAGCGACAUGCAAACGGCAGCUGAUAAAUGUGAAGAGAUGGAAGAAGGCUACACCCAGUGCUCUCAGUUCCUCUAUGGCGUGCAAGAAAAAAUGGGUAUCAUGAACAGGGGUGUGGUCUACGCCCUUUGGGACUACUCUGCUGAAAAGCCUGAUGAGCUCUCGUUCCACGAGGGAGACUGCAUGACCAUCGUCCGCAGGGAGGACGAAGAUGAGAUCGAGUGGUGGUGGGCGCGCAUGGGCGACACUGAGGGUUACAUUCCCCGCAACCUCUUAGGGCUCUACCCCAGAAUAAAACCAAGACAGAGGACGCUGGCUUAAAAUACAGGAAUCCCUGCACAUUUCCACUCUGGCAGAACUUUGAACACACACACACACACACUUACAUACAGGCUUUAAUAGACUGGUGAAGAAAAGGACACCUUGUGAGAUGAUAAGAUGAGGACAGACCAAACAAUAUGAAGGAUCAAAUGUUUCCGGCACUUUUCUGUAUCGACAAAAGAGAGGGAGUCACCCUUUCUUAUUAUUUUUUUUAUUUUCCUUUCUUCUUUUUAAUUACAGGUCACACUGUGUACUGUGUGCUUAUGACACUAAAGGCUUUCUUUUCAUUUAUUUCCACUGCUUUUGUAUUUAGUGUCUGGAAUGUUGUCUGACGUCACAGUGGGAUGUAAAAGGAACAAACAGUAUUUUUUAUUCAUUGAAAGUGAUUUUUACACAUUGGAGUAGUCUUUUAAAUCUUAUGUCUGGAAUACUGGUUAUUUUCUAACACACUUGGGACUCUGUGUUGCAUGAGGUUAAUGAGUGGAGGGUAAUGAUGAUGCUUUUGAAACACUCUGUUACUGUGACAAUCUUUCAGGGCGUACUUGUCAUCGCCUGUGUUAAGUCACUGUGCCUCUGUACAACUGCCCUGGAGCUGUAAAGUUUCAUCCGUGACCACCGCUGUUCUGGCUAAACAAUUAGAAGAAGAAAUAACAGCUGGGGGGGAAUACAGCGCCGAAGCUGUUUGCUUUAUCUCUUGCUGUACGUUCUGUGGUCAAUGACACCUCAAAAGCUGGCCUGCUUUCCUGCAGUUGCACGUGGUUGAGAUGCCGCAGAUAAUGUGUAUACAUGUGUUUCUGUCAUAAAAGUUAGCUAAAUGUGACUGUAGGAGUUAUUUUAUUACAAAACGUCAUAAGAGGCUGUCUGAGGACACAGGAGAUAACAUGCAGUAUGAGUUUGAUACAGCCAUUCUGUGAAGACAAAGCUGUCACAAACCUUUUCCAAGUAAAAUCGAUUCCUAAAAGCAAAAAUAAGAAUUAAAAUAAGAUGUAGCUUGAAAUAUCUCAAGACUCAGCUCACCACAUAUCAAUCAGUGCUGAUGUAUUUAUUUUUUUUGUUACGUUUUUUUUUUUUUUUUUCCCUUAGCCAUUUUGUCAGAAUUGUAACCACAUAUGUAUUGUAGUAUUUCAAACAUUUACA